AUGGCGAUUCGAAUGAGCAUGCAGCGCGCUACGUCGGAGACGAAGCGCAGCAAGCCGCAGGAUGCCGCCGUCGGGGCAGUUUCAGAAUUGUCGGAAGAUUCGCCAGGGUCUAAGACCCGACGGAGGGAGCUCAUGGUGGCGGUGGUGGAGAAGCGGAUAGUGACAGCGGUGAGGGUUUUGCCAUCAUCAUUGCCACUGGGGAAGAAAAGUGGUGAAUUGGGGAGGAGAGAGGAGUUGCGUUUGAAGAGUGUGAAUUUGAGUAAGGAACUUUCAGUGGAAGAAGCAAAUCAAUUGUUUUCUAUGGUGUUUGGAAAUGAAGUCUCUAAACGGAUUCUUGCACAGUGGAGCAACCAGGAAAUACGGUUUAACUCUGAUCUUGUAACAUCAAUGGGCCUAGUGCAGCAUGAAGGUGGUCCCUGUGGCAUUUUGGCAGCUAUACAAGCAUUUGUACUUAAACACAUCAUUUUCUUCAGUGGUGAGUUGAAAGAUGUACCACGCCUGCCACAGAAGGGUCUGGGUGCAUCAUUUAAAAGUGUAAAAGUAAGGGCCCUCGUAAGAAGUAUGGCUGAAAUUUUAUUUUCAUGUGGAAGUAAUAUAAGGGCUGUGAUUGCAACUUUGAGCUUUCCAGAGAACGACAUUCCACAUUUUGAAGGGAUUUCAGAGGAUGAGGUUAUUGUAAAAUCACUUCAAGGUCUUUCUAUUGAAUCUGUCAUUGAUCUGAAUAAAUUCGUGGAGGAGAAUCACUUUUGA